ACUUCAAAGGGCUUCACCUUUCAAUUUUGGGUAGUUUCUUAUGUAUCAUCUGCCCUUUUGUCUUAAUGGUGGGGUUUCACAUGGCAUAUUCAAAAUCUAGUGUGUCCUUUGAGUUUGAGUCUCUGUUAAAUGCUUUGCCUCCAAUUCAGGUUAGUUUGUCCAUAUAAUUAAUGGUCCGGAACACUGUUGACUAUUGACCUUUGUCAUUAUCCACAAACUUUAAAAAUGGAAAGAAUAGGGCAGGACAGUCAUGAAAUUUCUGUUCAAACUGUUGCAAUGAAAAAUAAUUGGUGUAAUGAUUGUUCUGCAGGAGAGUUUGAGAAAGUUCACUUCAGAUGUUUACCAGAUAUAGGAGAGAUCCAAGUUAAUGGAUUAAUGGUGAAGCGAAGAUCAUGCUUCUACUACCUGCCUGAUUCUCUACCUAUGAAGUAUGCUUUCCCUGCAAUGAGAGGAUCAUGGUUUCUUCAUGUGGAAGUGGAGCAUUUAAAAUGUUUGUGCAUUCCAUGUUCACCCUGUGAUGCAGCUGUUCUUUCAAAACAUAAGGACUAUACUGAGGAUAAGGCAAGACACAAUAGUGAGGAAAAGAGAAUAGAAAGGUUCCAACCCUGUGCAUAUUUAGUGGAAGAGCACAAAACUUCUAAUCAUGUUUCAAAGAAGCAGAAGAAAAAGGAAAAUUCUCAUGAAAAUUACGCACAGAAUGCAGCCACUGGAAUGCCAGAAAGAUACUCCUUCAGAUUUGGAGACAAACCUACUGGUAUAACCAAUAACAGUCAAUAUGUGAUGCGAGAUAAUAAGGUUGAAAAUCUGGUUGAGUUACGUACUAACUCAAUACAAGGCAGUCUCACUAGGAUAUCAACACAAGUGAUAUCAGUCACAGGUAUAAUCAAUAAAUAUUUUUCAGGUUUUAAUGGGAUUGACAAUUGUAGCAGCUCUUCAAACUCAGAUGUUACAUCUAGAGCUGUUCGUAGUGAGAUUGAAGUUCAUUCAAACACCAGAAAACUUAGUUGCUCAAAGAGACAAAGUGAUUUCUUGCCGCAGUUCACUCCCAAAACACCUCCACACGUCUUGCAUGAACCAUUGCAUGCUGGCUUGGUUUCCAAAAAAUUAAGGGGAACAAGUAGAGGAUCCAAAGUUGGGAAACGUAUACUCGUAGCUUCCCAGAGUCUUGGGGCUACUAAGCAUGGCCGCACACUAUCUUUCUGUAAAUUUAAAGAUAAAAAACUGCUAAAGGAUGAAAAAAUGAAUGGUUCAAUAUUUUCUUUCAGUGACAGUGACGAUUGACAUUUUAGUGUUGACUGUUAAAAGGGUGUAAGUAUAACACAGUGAUUAGUUGUAUUUGAUCCAUUUAUGUGGGCAACAACUUCUAAAUGUUAGACUUCGGAU